CUGUUUUCGCGCGACAAUUGUAUCUAAUUUAUCUCAGUCGACAAUCGGCACAGGUCACAAGCUGGCACGUUUUAAGAGGAACAUGUACGUCUUUUGGAGGCUCAUUGUGGCGCUGCUCCUGACCACGGUGGGAUUACCUUUCGCAGUCCAGAUCGAAGCCAACAGAGGGACAAACUCGGAAGGCCUUAUCGCGGGACAGUCUCCGCAGUUUUCGGCGGCGUUUGAGAAUGACACACAAUUACCGGAUAAACGAGAGGGGCCAACUUCCGCCAAAAUAGUGAAACGUAAUGCCUCUAAUGGCGAUUCGAGUACAUCGUUUUGGGGUUGGUUAACUGGCCGAGACAACCCCGAUCCGUGCAUGAUGGCCUCGGUAGGCGGAGUCGUCGGAGGAGGGGCUUUGACGGGAGCCUUUGUAGGGGCCGGAAUCGGAAGUAUAUUCACCGGACCAGGAACUGUCAUUGGUGCUGUUGUCGGUGGAGUGGCAGGACUAUUUGGAGGAGUUAGCAUCGGCCAUAGGGCUGGGGCUGCCGUGUGUGAUAAAUCUUGUGGUGAUCUGGAUCAGAGAGUGCAUUGUUACACUUAGUAAUAAAGAAUGAAAUCCAG